AGGAGCUUGAAGCUUCGAGUUUCUGGUAGUAGUAGGUUGCGAAGAGAGCGAUUAAAUCAUUCGCAGACAUGGCUGGUGCAGUGUUGGAAAAUCUCAGUACACGAAAGCUGAUUGCCUUGUGCGUCGUCUUACUUUUAUUCCAGGCAGCUUUUUUCAUGCUUGGCGGUAUAAUAGCACCCUCGCCAACAACUGCAUAUCCACAUUUAACAAAUAAAUGUGUGGACACAGGGAAACAUAGGCAUAAGCAGCAGUGGUUCAUACCAUGGGGAGAGUUUGCCUGUGAAAAGAUUGUUGACUUGGAAGACGCUAUUGAACAGGAGAUAGUGGCAAAUCAAAUCGUAUUCUCUAUUGAAAUUCCUAACAGACCCAACAAAAUGUCUCGCUGGUUUCAGUAUAUUUUGACUGUUAUGGAUAUCACCAUUGCUUAUCAUAAUGAAAACCCCCUAGGUCCAGAUCCAGUAAUAACAAUGGAGAUAAGCCUUGGUUACCGAAACGAAGGUGAUGCACCAGGAGACUGGAAAGAGUUGAUUAAAACCACGGAGGAGAGGAAACUAGAAUGUACAUUUGACAGACCUCUGAUUCCAGAGAGCAAUGAUUAUACAUAUCAUUGUGAUCCAAUGCCGUUCAUGGAGUUAGGAAGCUGUCACCAUGACUACUAUCUGAUCAACAUACGGGUACCCGUUCAUGAACACAAAGACAUCAAUUUAGACUUGGGAAAACUGCAGGAUAUUCACAUUAUUGAAAUUCAUCAAAAUGGCGGUUUUACUAAAGUCUGGUUUGCACUGAAAACUUUUGUAACUCCUCUGAUCAUCAUGAUGACUAUCUGGUUCUGGAGACGUGUGUGUGCUUUGAACAGACAAUCUGUUUUAAUGGAAAGGACUAUAUUGGCUUUGGGAAUAUCUCUCAUAAUAUUGGAUUUGCCCAUAGAAUGGUUGACUUUAUCUGUGGAUAUUCCCUUCAUGUUACUUAUCAGUGAUAUCAGACAGGGUAUAUUCUACUCUAUGCUGCUCUCUUUCUGGAUUAUCUUUGCUGGAGAACACUUGAUGGACCAAACAGAGCGUAAUCGUUUAUCAGUUUAUUGGACGCAAGUAACAGCUAUUGUCUUUGGAUGCACAUGUUUAUUUGUGUUUGAUAUGUGUGAAAGGGGUGUACAGUUGAGCAAUCCGUUUUAUAGUAUAUGGAUUACUGAUACUGGAAAGAAUCUUGCUAUGGCAUUUAUCAUUGUGGCUGGUAUCUGUGCCUCUCUGUAUUUUAUGUUUCUUUGUUACAUGGUUUACCGAGUAUUUCGUAAUAUUAGUGUGAAAAAAACAGCUCUGCCUGCCAUGGCUAAAGCCAGGCAGUUACAUUACCAGGGUUUGAUUUAUCGUUUCAAGUUCUUCAUGUUCUUCACCUUGCUGUGUGCUGCUAUGACAGUCAUCUUCUUUAUCAUCACGCAAGUCAACGAAGGGAGAUGGAAGUGGGGCGAGGAGCACACUGUGGAAGUGAACAGUGCAUUUUUCACUGGUGUCUAUGGAAUGUGGAACAUCUAUGUGUUUGCUGUCUUAUCUCUGUAUGCACCAUCACAUAAAGACCCCAGAAAAUAUGAAUCUACUGUACAGAAUGGUGAUGUAAGCGGCUCCAGCAAUGAGGAAUACGAACUGAGGCGAACGCUGACCGACUCUGCUGCCACUGAAGAACCAUCUGAACUAUACAGAAUGACGGGUAAAACGGCGCAAGAUUAGACCCCGCAUGGCGAACGCUGACCGACUCUGCUGCUACUGAAGAACCAUCUGAACUAUACAGAAUGACUGGUAAAACAGCGCAAGAUUAGACCCUGCAUGGACAAAACUGUACAGAUUGCUAUUUUCUAAGCAAAGAAAUGCGCAAAUUUAGUUACAAAAUAAAUGUCCCUCAUCUUGACUACUUUGUCAAUAGGAAAUUUUCAAAUAUUGUGUGUUGUAACCAAUUACAUUAGAUUCUUUGCUGAAUACAUCUGCAAUAUUUUCUGAAAAUGUCAGCGAUAUUACUGCCAGAACAGUGUAGAACCUGGUGCCGAACAACAGUCUGCAUUUGAUUUAUUAAAAGUUCACUUGAUCUGUAAAAAAGUUAGUUUUAGUAGAUGUGUAUGUUGUGAUAUCCCAAACCUUCCUUCCAAACACUUUAUCAGAGGUACGUUAUAAAUUGCAUUCCAAUAUAGAUUGUUGAAAAGUUAGUUUGCAGAUAAAAGAUAUAUGUGAAAUUUGAGAAACUUGUUACAUAUCUUUAUGUUGUUGACAUGUACAGCAAUUGUAAUAUAGUAAUAAAUCAAUUUGUACAGAAUAAAGCCAUUGUAUUUACAAUUAAGUUUUCACAGGCUUGCUAACAAUUUAAAAAAAAUUUCACCCAAAUAAUUAAAAUGUUAUUUUUUUUUUAAUUUUGUAUGUAAAAUGCUGUUCAUUAUCAAGUUAUCUUAUAGUUGUGAAAAUCAAGAAUCUAUAUUUGUUGCCACAUAAACAUUUUGUAUUUCCAUUGUUUGUUGUACACAGCAAUGAAAUUGCUGAUUUGGUGCCCUCGUGUGGCAAUAUUGCAGAUAACUUUUGUUUUUGGUGUAGAUGAAUCAACACUUUUCAAAUUAUUAUUACCCGUAGAACAUAGCUUUUUAUAUUUUUGGAUAUGUUAUACAGUUUUUGAUGUUAUUUUAAGUGAAUUGCUUUUUUAUGCACAGCACUUUAUUUUUUCAACUGAUUGUAGUCAAAAUUGU